GCAAACACCAAUCGCAAACCAUCUCAAGUGUAUUCAAUACUAGAAUACUGCAAUCACACAAUGGCAGGCUUCAAGCGGGGCGGCUUUCGAGGCGGAGGCGGUGGAACCUUCAAGGGUUACGCCAAGAAGCGUUCCGAGCCCGACGAUGGCGACAGCGCACCGCGAUCGAGCAAGAAAGCGAAAGGUGAUGACGAAGAGGAGUCAGUCGCGGUGGUGCCUAAGCUCGAGAUCGACGAUGAUGGCAAUCAAUUCAUCGGUCUCAAUGCAAGCGGUAAGCGACGCGUCACAGUUAGUGAAUACAACAAAAAAACACUGGUCAACAUUCGAGAGUAUUGGGUCAGCGAUAGUGGGGAGUUAAAACCGGGAAAGAAGGGUAUAUCACUCACGGUCGAUCAAUACAACACCCUCCUCGCCGCCGCUCCUCUUCUCGAAUCAAUACUCGCACAAAAGGACAUUGAAGUUGUGAGGCCGGCCUAUGAUGCCGAUACCAGCGCGAAGCCAGAGACACCAAAGGCCGAUGGGGAAGACGACGAGGAAAGUGGAGUAAGGAAGGAGGAGAGCGAGGAGCAGGUUCAAAAGGUGGAUGAUGAUGAUGAUGAUGAGGAAGAGUAAUAGGAGGAAUGAUAUACCCUUGAGACAUGCCUAUGGCGGUUUGUGCUACUAUUAAUGUACAACAGGGAGCAUGAAAUUAUGCUUCUGGCGUAGUAUAAGGGGAAAUGUAACGGCGAUUAAAUGUGGUUCAGCAAUUGUAUUGCGCAACGACCUUUUCAGUAACGGAGCGUGGCGUUAAUCCACUUCGUCUCAUUGAAUCCUCGAUGGCCAUGCGAAUUCUCUCCAUCUUGCCUUCGCCAUCUCAGUUCCGCCGUGCCCUGGAAUUGAGCAACGCCUAUGCGCUGUAUUGGGCACAACUCCCGUGUUUCUCGGUCUCAAAAAAUCUCGGCGGUACACUCACGGCCUUUACCUUGUGGAGGGGGAGGAGCCGACGAAGUGACUAGCAAGGUGAAACGAUUGGGGGUCUAAAUGCGCUUGGGGGUUCUGUGGUAGCGGACAUGCAGGAGGUAGUCAGAUAUCCGAAACAGAAAUGUUUUCGUUAUUUCUAGGUCAC